AUGGACCCACCUCCUCCUCCUCCCAAUCUUUAUCCACCGCCGCCCAUCUCCGCCGUCCCAACCACCGUGGAACCUGUUAACAACAACAUCGCCCCCAUCACUUAUGCAGCUGCCAACCCAACUCACGCUCCCGCCCCUACUUUCAACCACCCUCCUUAUGCUGAGAUGAUAUACACAGCUAUAGCAGCGUUGAAGGAGAGAGACGGGUCGAGCAGGAGAGCUAUAGCUAAGUACAUCGAGCAGGUCUACCCGAGCCUCCCACCUACUCACUCAGCCUUGUUGACUCACCAUCUCAAGCGCCUCAAGAACUCAGGUCAUCUUGAGAUGGUCAAGAAGUCCUACAAGAUCCCUGGUCCUCCCAGAUCUGACGCUGCUGCUCCUCCUCCUUUUCCUAUUGACUCUCCUGCUCCUGCCUCAGCUGCCUCUCCUGCACAGCCACGUGGCCGAGGCCGUCCUCCCAAGCCCAAGCCGGACCACCAGCAGCUGAUGCAGCAACAGUUGCCACAGCUGAUUGCUCCCCAACAACACCAGCACAUUUUACAACAACCCAUUCCCAUUCCGCAACAGCCGAUUCCAAUUCCGCUUCCUCAGCAGCCAAUUUCAUUUCCGAUUCCUCAGCAGCCAAUUUCAAUUUCAUAUCCUCAACAACCGAUUCCGAUUCCGAUGCCCAUUCCGAUUCCGCAAAUGCCGAUUCCCAUUCCCCAGCACCCCAUUGUCCCGCCCAAUUUCCAAUCUUUUCCACAGCCCACACUGCCGCAGACCUUUCCGGAGCCCAUUCCUCAGCAGCAGCCCAAUUCUCUGCCCAUGGUGGUUUCUCCGGGGCCGGCAGAUGUGCCCAAGAAGCGACCUGGCCGGCCACGUAAAGCUCCGGCAGCCCUUGCGAUCGUGCAGAAUAAUAGUCCGGUAGUGAAGAGGGGCAGGGGCCGUCCUCCGGGGUCUAGGAUGUCAAAGAAGAGACCAGGACGUCCUCCCAAACCCAAGACGAGCAACGGGCCCAAUUCAGUAGUGCCACUGCCUGCACCGAGGCCCAGAGGUCGGCCCAAGAAGGAUAAGUCGGCUGCUGCGUCUUCUGGUGUGGCUGCGGGCACUGGUAAGCCGCGGGGCAGACCACCUCUGGUUCCGGGGGUGGACCGCCCCAAGUUAAGUAGGAGUGGAAGGCCUGUGGGCAGGCCCAAGAAGGAUGCAACACUGGCAAUAACUGCAGCACCUGAUCCAAAUAUAGCUGCAAACGCAGAAUUGAAGAGGAAACUGGAAUACUUUCAAUCAAGAGUGGGUCAAGCUGUUGGUGUGCUAAAACCUUUCUUGAAUAAUGAAAGCGCAGUUGAUGCCGCUGCUGCAAUCCAAGAAUUAGAAGGACUAGCAACCAUGGACAUGAGUGCCCCGUUAAUUAUUGCAACUGAACAGCCAGCACUCCAAAGUUGAGAAAACCUUUGCUUAUGUUAUACCUGUUUGUGAGAUGAAAAGCACAUAUGAGGUAAAAAGGGUCUGUAAAGCGAAUAGGAGGUUAGCAUAACUAACUGUCUUUAUCGGUAGAGAUGAUGACCUUGUCCAUUUAGUAUGUUGUUUGUGCAAUUUUAGAAUGACCCACGACUUAUUUGUUCCUUGUAAUUUGUUAUUUUUAUUCAAUUUGAGAAUAAUCAAGUUGAGAAGAUUU